ACCCCUACCCAAUUUCUAUCUCUAUCCAGUAAAUAAAUAUGAACCCAUCAAAUAAAAUUAAAAAUAAAGAACUCAAAAUAAGUGGGCCAUUUUUUAGUGAGAAAACUGGGGUCGAGGCAGAGAAGGUGGAGCUUGAGGCUGCCCUCUCAUGGCUGGAUUUGAACCAGUGUCCACCAGUCAGCAGUUCAGUGUAUCAGGUCCUGCUUCUAUGGGGUGAGGAGCCCUUCCCCCCACACCACCACCCCCAAACACAGACCAUUCAGGUGCUCAGGUGUUGGAUGCUAGAGGGCAGGGGUGCAGGGGGUGGAUGCCCAUGAAUAAUUGAGGGUCUGGGACAGCCUGCGCUAAGCAGCUGUCACCCCGAAGGGUGGGAUGGGGCUGUGGUGACGUCACUUCCAUGGGAUAUAAGGAACUGCUGCCCACUUGGGUUCUCACCCGCCUGGACCCCAGGACUAGUCGAGAAGUACCAGCAUGCUGCACCCCGCGCCUGCCUCCCUGCUGCUGGUACUGUCGCUGCCCCCGCUAUUGGCCGUGCUGCUGGGGGCUGCCACCGCAGCUCCUAUGGCACCCGGACCCUCCAAGGAUGAGCUGGCCCGCUGUCUGGCGGAGGUGGUCACAGAGGUGCUGGCACUGGGCCAGGUGCAGCGAGGACCUUGCACAGCCCUCCUCCACAGGGAGAUGUGUGAGAAGGAGCGCUACAGCUGUGCACCCACCGGGGAACAAGGCCUGCUGCAGGCUGGGGAUUUCAGGAAGCGAGAGUCUGGGAAGGCAAGGACCAACCAGGAGGUGAGGGAUGAGGAAGAAGAGGAGGCAGCUGAGAGGACCCGCCAGUCUGAGGUGCGGGAGCAGGCUGUCCGAGAGCAGUUGCACAGCCUUCACCGGGAAGAGGAGGAGGAGGAAGGUGAAGAGGAGGAAGAGGAGAAGAAGCGGGGGGCCUUCGAGGGCCUGUGGAAGCAGCACCUGGAGGGUGGGGGUGCCCUCCAGAAGCGGGUGGCUGAGCAGGCCAGAGAUGAGGAGACGGCGCAGUUUGAGGAGGAAGAGAAAGGCAUGCAGGUGCUAGACGGGGGCCGCAGCCUGUGGCAGGGAGCUGCUGGAGGAGAGAGGCAUGAAGACUCACCCCAUCGCCACCGCCACCUCCAUCAGUCAGAAGCCGAAGCCAAGCAGGAGGCGAAGGAAGAAGCUUCCGAAAGGCAGGAGGAGCAUGAUGUGGAGCAACUGGAGCAGAUGCGAGACAAACUAAAGAAGGUGACAGAGAUGCUGGGGCAGGAGCUCAGGAGGGAAGGCUGACCCCUAGCCUUCCCCUCUUUCCCUUCACACUAUAUGGCUUAGUACUGUUGAUCCCCCUCCAAACUGCCCCCCCCACCAGGCACCCCACACCCUCUAUUCUGGUAGGAGUGAGAAACCAGGCCUGAGGGGUCAUCCUGAGCUGUAGGUAGAGGGAGGCAGGGUUCAGAGUGACUCAGGACCCCCCCCAGCCCCAACCCCUCAAUACCCAUCUCACCCCCUCCAACUCUCCCAAGUGAAUAAAGCACCAAGCAAAUCA